AUGAUCACCAAGGUAAACACCGAGAACAUCACCAGGACAAACACCGAGAACAUCACCAGGAGAAACACCAAGAACAACCCCAGGACAAACACCGAGAACAUCACCAGGACAAACACCAAGAACAUCACCAGGAGAAACACCAAGAACAACACCAGGACAAACACCGAGAACAUCACCAGGACAAACACCAAGAAUAUCACCAGGAGAAACACCAAGAACAACACCAGGACAAACACCGAGAACAUCACCAGACAAACACCAAGAACAUCACCAGACAAACACCAAGAACAUCACCAGGACAAUGAUCACCAAGGUAAACACCGAGAACAUCACCAAGACAAACACCAAGAACAUCACCAGGAGAAACACCGAGAACAUCACCAGGACAAACACCAAGAACAUCACCAGGAGAAACACCGAGAACAUCACCAGGACAAACACCAAGAACAUCACCAGGACAAACACCAAGAACAUCACAUGGAGAAACACCAAGAACAUUACCAGGACAAACACCAAGAACAUUACCAGGACAAAGACCAAGAACAUCACCAGGAGAAACACCAAGAACAUCACCAGGACAAACACCAAGAACAUCACCAGGACAAACACCAAGAACAUCACCAGGACAAACACCAAGAACAUCACCAGGGCAAAGACCAUGAGCGCUCACCAGGACAACGGCAAGGAAAAUGA